AUCACAUGGCAGAUGGAAAAUUCCACUCAGUCUCCAUGCUUGUUAAAUGGGAAGGGUCUCCAACUCCUGUUUGCAUUGCUGCGCCUCCUCCUCCGCCUGCGAGCAACUGUCUGCCACGCUCGAGUAAUAGUUAUUUCCAGAAGUAUCUCCGCCUUGUCGACAUCUUUGCCCCGAGAUUGUAAAAAAACGGAAUUUCUCUGCCUUGUAUCGUCCUGUGCACCGCUAUGCCAGGAGCUAUGGAUCACAUGGAGCUUAGAAAAGUCUGCACGGAGGCUGAUGAUGAGAGCAACGACAGCCUGGACGACCGCUACAUAGAGGCAGAGAAGGCCACCAUAAGCAGCCAGUUCACUGACGACAUUGAUGAUGGAGAAAGCCAGAAGUUCUUGACAAAUGGGAUGAUGAGGAAGAAGAAAUAUGAAGAUUAUCAUGACGAAUAUCAUCCAGGUCACACCUCCUUCGGGAUGUCUGUCUUCAACUUGAGUAAUGCCAUCAUGGGCAGCGGCAUCCUGGGCCUGUCUUACGCCAUGUCCAACACUGGCAUCGUUCUCUUUUCAAUCCUCCUCAUCGCCGUUGCCAUUCUCUCCCUGUAUUCUGUACACCUUCUCCUUGUGGCGUCAAAAGAAGGAGGAUCCCUCAUCUAUGAAAAGCUGGGGGAGAGAGCAUUCGGCUGGCCGGGGAAAAUGGCUGCUUUUGUGUCCAUCACCAUGCAAAACAUCGGAGCAAUAUCCAGCUACCUCUUUAUCGUGAAGUAUGAGCUGCCUGAGGUGAUCCGGGCCUUUUUGGGUUUACAAGAAAACUCCGGUGAAUGGUACAUGAACGGAAACUACCUGGUGGUGUUUGUGUCAAUUGGAAUCAUUCUGCCCCUGUCUCUCCUGAAGAAUCUUGGUUACCUGGGCUAUACCAGUGGCUUCUCCCUCACCUGCAUGGUCUUCUUCCUGGCUGUGAUUAUCUACAAAAAGACGCAGGUGCCCUGUCCUCUGCCUUUCCUGAGCCACCACUCGUCCAACCUCAGCAUGAACUCCUCGGACAUGUCGGGGAUGUACGCGCUAAACCAUUCCAUGGAGUUCUCCCGUGCUGAUGUUUCCCCGUCGGUGCCGGGCAGCCCCGACGCUCACCACUCCACCGGCGUCCACUUCGAGCCUCACCCCGAUGACGACGAGAAGUGCACGCCCAAAUAUUUCAUCUUCAACUCACAGACAGCGUACACUGUGCCAAUCCUGGCCUUCGCCUUCGUCUGCCACCCUGAAGUCCUGCCCAUCUACAGUGAGCUGAAAGAUCGCAGCAGGAAAAAGAUGCAGAACGUUUCCAACUUGUCCAUCUUGGCCAUGCUCGUCAUGUACAUGCUGUCGGCGCUGUUUGGCUACCUCACAUUUUACGGUAGCGUAGAAGCAGAGUUGCUCCACACCUUCACCAAGGUCUAUAAGUUCGACACGCUGCUGCUGCUGGUGCGUUUGGCCGUCCUCACCGCCGUCACCCUGACCGUGCCCAUCGUGCUUUUCCCCAUCCGCUCCUCCAUCACGACUUUGUUAUUCAGCGGUCGGGAGUUCAGCUGGACUCGCCACCUGCUCAUCGCCGUCGUGAUUCUGGCCUUCAACAACUUGCUGGUGAUCUUUGUCCCGACGAUCAGAGACAUCUUCGGCUUUAUUGGUUCUUCUGCGGCCACCAUGCUCAUCUUCAUCCUACCUGCUGCCUUUUACCUCCGCCUGGUAAAAUCAAUCCCGCUCCGCUCCCCACAGAAGAUCGGGGCGGCCGUCUUCCUGGUCGUGGGAAUCGUAUUCAUGAUUGGCAGCUUGUCGCUCAUCGUCCUCGACUGGAUUCACAACCCGCCAGGCUCCAGCGGUGGCCAUUAAGGUCCGCUCCUUCUCCCCCACUCCAACCCC